AUGGUAAAUAAUAAAUCAACAAAAAGACUAACAAAAAAAGAACUAAGGGAAUUAUUAAUAAGUGCCAAAAAGAAAGCAGAUAAAAUGCCAAAAGAAAAAGGCAGUUUUCGUUUGGAAGUGGUUUGCACUGAGGAGGAUAUUAAUUA